AUGCCGGGGCUCACGGCGCCGUCGGACUACGCGGAGGAGCCGCCGCGCCACCCGGCCCUCAGGAUCAACUCCAAGGAGCCAUUUAAUGCUGAGCCUCAUCGAUCUGCGUUAGUUUCAUCUUAUAUCACCCCAGUGGAUUUCUUCUACAAGAGGAAUCAUGGACCAAUUCCCAAAGUUGAUGAUAUCUCAAGAUACAGUGUUUCCAUCAGUGGCCUCAUGAAUAAGCAUAUCCAGCUGUCCAUGGAUGACAUUAGGAUGCUUCCGAAGUACAAUGUCACUGCAACAUUACAGUGUGCAGGCAAUAAGAGAACUGCAAUGAGUAAGGUGCGGAAAGUGAGAGGUGUUGGAUGGGAUGUAUCUGCUCUUGGAAAUGCAACUUGGGGUGGAGCAAAACUAUCUGAUGUCCUUGAACUAGUUGGAAUACAUAAACUCAGUUCAGUCACAUCUUUAGGAGGCAAACAUGUUGAGUUUGUCAGUGUUGACAGGUGUAAAGAGGAGAAAGGUGGCCCCUAUAAGGCAUCAAUUCCACUAAAGCAGGCAACAGAUCCUGAUGCUGAUGUGUUACUCGCAUAUGAAAUGAAUGGAGAGACCAUCAAUCGUGACCAUGGAUAUCCACUCCGUGUGGUCGUACCUGGUGUUAUAGGUGCACGCUCCGUAAAAUGGCUUGACAGCAUCAACAUAAUCAAGGAAGAAUGCCAGGGUUUUUUUAUGCAAAAAGAUUACAAGAUGUUCCCACCUACCGUAGAUUGGGACAAUAUUAAUUGGUCAACUAGAAGACCACAAAUGGAUUUUCCUGUGCAGUCUGCUAUUUGCACCCUGGAAGAUGUGGAUGUUAUCAAGGAAGGAAAGGCUAGAAUUGCUGGAUAUGCAGUCUCAGGCGGCGGCCGCGGCAUUGAGAGAGUAGAUAUAUCUGUUGAUGGGGGUAAAACAUGGGUUGAAGCUCAUAGAUAUCAGAAAAGCAAUGUGCCAUACGUCUCUGAUGGAGCUCAAAGCGACAAGUGGGCAUGGGUUCUAUUUGAGGCCACAUUGGACAUACCAGCAAAUGCCGAGAUAGUAGCUAAGGCGAUUAAUGAGUCUGAAAAUGCGCCUCGUGGACAACAGUGCUUUAAGAAUGUGUCAGCAUUGAGCAUGAACCACAAAUUUUUGGGCAUAACAGCAGGUGGUUCGAUGGAGAAUUAUCGUGAAGAACUCCUUCGCUUGCAUGAGGUGCGGGUUUGCCCUCGUGAACCUUGCCAUCACCGCCUCAUUGGUUUCCCUGGCGUCCCUCUACUCGAGGAUGAUGCGGGUCUUCCUCUUUGUCGGGCGGGACUCACUGGUCACUGGCAGCCCGAUGAACUUCACAUCCGCCCGCGUCUCGAUCACCAGGAAGUUGAUCUCGUGCCACAGCCGACUGAGCCUCCCCACAACGAUGUCGUAGGCGCGUGCGGCCAUCUUCGCCGUCUCGAAGGUGCCGAGCCAAUACAGUCGGCCGUCACGCUGAAACUCGAUGCUGAAACGGCCGAACUCCAGUGGCUAAAUGCCACGGUAGCUGAACUUGCUCUUCACACGUUUCGACGACAUCCGACAGAUGCGGCGCAACAGCAGUGCAGAUUUGUCAGUGGGGCGAUGCGGCGUGACGGCAGGUGGAAAUGGGUUGUCUGGAUCCGCUGGGGGUGA